AUGACCAACAUCGAAGCAAGCUUCCAAGCAGCAAUCGCCGCCAAAAAGAUCAACGGCGCCGUAAUCUGCGCCAGAAACAAAGAUGGGACCUUCAUCUACGACAAAGCCAUAGGCGAACGCACCCUCCUCACAGGCGAGAAGAAACCCCAACAACUAAACGACGUGCUAUACCUCGCUUCAGCAACAAAGGUCAUAACAACAAUCGCAGCCCUUCAAUGCGUCGAAGACGGCCUCUUAACACUAGACAGCGACGUCUCCCCCAUCUGCCCAGAACUAGGGUCCAAGCAAGUCCUAACGGGCUUCACGGAGGACGAAGACCAAAGCCCAAUCCUGGAACCGGUAGUUCGACCUAUUACACUUAGGAUGCUGCUCACGCACAGCUCUGGUGUGACAUACCACUUCCUCGACCCGGCCAUUGCACAAUGGCGCGAGAGAUUCGCGCUUCCGAAUGAAGACGCGCGGCAGUCUGUUGAGGAGGUCUUUACUUACCCGCUUAGUUUCCAGCCGGGCGAGGGAUGGAUGUACGGGCCUGGACUGGACUGGGCGGGACGGAUUGUUGAGCUUGUGACGGGCCGUACGCUUGGUGAGCGGAUGCAGGAGCGGAUUUUUACUCCGCUGGGGAUUUCAGAUGCACAGUUUUAUCCUGUUACUCGGGAGGAGUUGCGGGAGAGACUUGUUGAUCUUAAUCCUGAUGAUAGGGAGGGUCUUGGGCGGGCAGUGCUUGGGGGUGGUGGUGAUAUAAAUAAACGGUCGAGGGGGGAUUUUGGGGGACAUGGGCUAUUUAUGACGGGUUUGGAUUUUGUUAAGAUUUUGGGUUCUUUGUUGGCUGGGGAUGGGGUUUUGUUGAAGGCUGAGACUGUUGAUGCGAUGUUUGAGCAUCAGCUUGGUCCGGAGGCGAGCAAGAGUCAGCGGCAUAAAUUGGCUGGUCCUGUUGGUCCCUUUUUCCAAGUUGGUGUUGAUCCUGGGACUAAGGUUGGAUAUGGUAUGAGUGGGUUGUUGACUCUCGAGGAUGUUGAUGGUUGGUAUGGUGAGCGUACGUUGAGUUGGGGCGGUGGGUUGACGUUGGCUUGGUUUAUUGAUCGGAAGAAUGGGCUGUGUGGUGUGGGUGCUGUUCAGUCUGCGUUGCCGGUUGAUGGUGAGCUGGUGACUGAGUUGAAGCAGACUUUCCGUCAGGAUAUUUAUCGCAAACUUGCUGAAUGGGAGGGAAAGUCAUGA